CUCAAUUUUUCUUUGGUCACGCUGUCGUCUUCUUGGGCGUUACCUACCUACCUACCUGUGGGUCGUCAUUCAGCAAUGAACUUUUUACUAAUUUCGUUUUUGUAUCAAGCAAGGCGGACCACCCUUCGGGAAUGAACUUCACAAUUGAACACGCAACAGUAUACUGUUCUGGGCCAAAUAAGUACGCCCGCCCCUCAUGUUGCCAGGCUACAGUAAUUUGGCCUUUGCGCAAUGGUGGUUCAACUGCAAGCUAUCUCCUGCGCAACAAUGGUUUUAGCUCCGAGAAGAACAUAGUAUUGAAGCACAGAAAGCAUCUGUUUGAGAACAAAGAUGACGACUUCAGCUUUGGCAAUGUUGUAUUCGUCAAGGCUCCGUGAUCGCGUCCGGCUUUGCUGGCAGAAAGUAUUCAUCUUGAGACUAAGCGAGACGAAGUUAACCACAAUCAAUUUUCCCAUAGACUUCUUCACUUCUGCAGCUCAAGUAAUCUGCCAGGCGGGCUACGGCACAGCAUAUUUUGUCCUGUCUGAAAGGAUCACAAACGAGUGACGCCCUGGAUGUGACUUCGACGCCUUUACAAGACACCUUCUGCGUGGUUCUCAGCAGUUGCAAUUCUGCAAGCGAGAAUAAUUUGUUGAUGUUCACCUUCGAAACUCAACAACGCGUCAGCAGCCAAAGUUCGAUCUAGUCUGCCAACAAAGGAGACUGUCUCGGUUACCAUGGAGUAAGAUCGAUAUCGUUCAAGUCAGUCUGCGAGUGUCCUGCACAAGAAGAUUCUACGAAAAUCAAGCAUCGUCAAAGGAUAGAUUUCAGGGAAACCAAAACACGACACCCUUGAGUAUGUCUCACAAGCGAAGUUACGCAGAUUAUAUCCAUGACUAUAGCCUUGAAGUCGCCAUGCCACAAGCUUUUCUGAAAACACUGGUCUCAAUCAGUUAAGCCAGUCUUGGGAGUCCUUGCAGGUUCUGGACGACAAAAAGGUUGAUACGAAGGCAAUAGUUGAAGAUCCCAUGAUCGUGGAUGAAGAUGAAGCAACCAAGACCUGCGAGUCGUUGCGUGUACUCGAAACUGCUCCCGUUACUACAGACCCAAUGUUGGAAGGUCCUCCUACAAAAGUAGACGGAAAUUUUCCCAAGAAGCCGAGCGCCUCAUCCUAUAGCUCAGCAAGUGCUAUCACUGAUUUGGCGUCCACUGCGGCAAAGCUUCGAGAAGAAUUACUCGCCAUGGACAUUCUCACGCCUCGCCAAGGUAGAAAAUUCGAGUCCUUCACCCUUUACACCGUUGAGAAAGGAACGCCUUUCUACUGGAACACCGCCAAACAACAGUUGAUGCUGGUGUACUUGCCAGGAAGGGGCACGAAUAUACACCUCGGCAAAUUAAUCAUCCGGAUCUGCCGUGUACUCGCUUUUACAGCCACCGAGAUCACUCAUGAAGAGUUAUCCAAAACCAUCCCCAAUGAGGUGUUGGAUGUUAUUCUGCCUCAAGGAGUUCGCAACCAGCAAAAAAACUCAUCUGUCUUCCGCGGCUGGAGCAAGAACGUCGUCAAAAGGCAGUUUAUUCAAGACGGACCAACAUACGCAGCUGUGAGACUUGGGAAAUGUGGAUUGUGGCCUCCACCCGAAGCUUCGUUCCAGCUGAGGCAGGAGAUGUGGGAGUUGUACUUUGUUCCUGAUAUUGUGGAGCUGGUGUUUGGUGGUUGGCAUGGAUCUGGUGUCCUCGAUCUGCGCAAGAUCAUGUUGAAUCCCGAAUCUGUCCUCUCCAAAUGGCUCUGGCAUGUUUAUAUUGUGCUCUUAGAGAUUACUUUCAGAUUCAGACUCCAUUCAGAAGACAUUACGAAGUCCUGUACUCUUUCUCGGCAGAUUUCCAGCAUAGGUGCGGCUAGGAAUUGCUUGGCACGAGAGUCUUGGGAGGAAGUGAUUGAGCAUUUCGAGGCUGAUGUUUUGAGCACAUGUGGGUAUUCUUCAAUGCUUUUUUCUUCCAAUUCUCAGGAUAUACCACGUUCAUUAUCUAGAGCUUUCUUUCCAAGUUCGGCGCUAAUAAACUCGUCUGCCACAGGGGAGGGACUUAGGCUUGACUACAGGUCUGUGGAAUGCACUCCUGGAUUCGGAAAGAUGAACAUCACAGAUAAAUCGGCAAAGUGGAAGUUCCUUCGGCGCUUCACAGCUGAUCUCCGUCAACGAGACCCCGAGCUCUUCCCACCGUCGCUUCGGCAGCACUUCCAGGAUAACCCACCUGGAUUCGCUGGUCGUAUGAAGAACCCAGUGCCUGAAGCUGGGAAAGAAGCGGAGGAAGUCACCAGUACCAAUGAGUGCCUGUAAGGCGUCAUCGAGGCCGAUGAUGAAGUGUCUCAGAGAAAUGAAGAGGGAUUCUGGUGACUAGAGGCUUUGGGAUACUUUUCGUUGGCUCUAGUGAAUGGAGUCAAAGCACGUCAGACGGACCAUCCGCUCGGCAAUAUGCUCCGUAGAGUCCGGAGAAAACCAUAACACUCUGUAAUUCUAAACAAAAGAGUUGGCUACUUCGGUAUCUUGAACAAGUCUAUAAAUCUCCUCCUCCAUUCUGUGAUUUCCUCGUUUCUUGAGUGCCUUCCCUCAGUAACCACAAUUCAUU